UUUACUGCAGAGGUUUUGAGAGGAGAAAAAAAAACGAGCGUGAGAAAACAAUUACCGAAAUUACUCGACGAAUUACUGUGCCAUAACCUUGCAACGAAACAAUUCCAACAGUCCAAGUUGCUAUCCCGACGACACAGACUCAAUUUAGCAGUGCGAGUAGCGCGAGUGAACCCGUGAGAUCGAAGGCUUCGAGAGCGACAUAAACCCCAGCCAGCGGCAGCGGUCUCCAUUUUAACUUCGAGUCCGAUCUAUGCCUCACGUGUCUUGGACUGUCUCUCUCACAUGACCCGAGUGUUUGUUCCCGUGAUCAGCACUUCCAUCUACGCGUCCGUGUCACCGAAUAUCACAUUUUAUUCCAACCCUGAUGGAUAUGCACCUCGAACAGAGUCUGGACACCGCGACAAGUCACGACAAACAAGAGGAGGAGGUCGUCCAAUUAGAAGGAGACGGGGAAGGGGAGCAGACUGCUGUUACCAUAGGCAGCAUUCAGCAGGCCCAGGCAUUCGCGGACCACAACAUUCAGUACCAGUUCCGCUCUGAGGGUGGUCAGGUGACUUACCGUGUUGUCCAGGUAACUGACCAGCAGCUGGAGGGGAGAGAUGACGGGGGAGGGCCGGUUAGCGUGGUCUCCACGGCCGCCUUCCCCGGUGCUCCGCAAGCAGUGGCCCAGGCUGUGAUCCAGAACCCUUUCAGUAAUGGGGGUAGCCCCGUGGGAGAUACGCUGGGAGGGGAGACGCGCUUCGCCUACUUCCCAGCUACGGCUGUGAGCGACGGCACUGUGUCUGUGCAGACCACCUCCGACCCCACACAGGCUGGGGGUCAGUUCUACGUGAUGAUGACCCCUCCUGACGUCUUGCAGACAGGCACACAGCGAACCAUAGCACCGCGCACACACCCCUACCCUGAAGACGAAACCGAGAUGCUGCAACAUGACGGUUUAAACUGGAAAAUGGAUGGCCCACGGACACCCAGAGAUGAAAGGAGGAGAGCUCAACACAAUGAAGUUGAGAGGCGGCGGAGAGACAAGAUCAACAAUUGGAUUGUCACGCUCUCCAAAAUCAUCCCCGACUGCAACAUAGACAGCACCAAGACGGGGGCUGUAAGUCACUCUAGUAAAGGGGGCAUCCUGUCUAAGGCGUGUGACUACAUCCGAGAGCUCCGUCAGAAUAACCAGAGGCUCCUGGAUGGUGUCAAAGAGGUGGAGAGAGUACAGGUGGACAACGAGCUCUGCAGACAGCAGAUCGAGGAGCUGAAGAAUGAGAAUGCCCUUCUUCGAGCGCAACUCCAGCAGCACGGCAUCGAGAGCGUGGGCGAGACGCCGCCACAAUGAACGAGGGAGACUGGGAGAGCAGGACGGGUAGAAGGAAGAGGAGAACGAGGCAGACUGGAGACGACACGUAGGAACAAAACAAAAUGAAUGAGCUACUGACAAAUCACUGUUUUUCAGUCGCAGACAGUUAGUCUUCCAUGUCUUUAAGGCUGCAUCCGAGACUCUUGGCAGGCUCCUGCUGCUUUGUUGGCUGCACUUGACUGAUCCAGGAUCAGUCGAAAUGACAAAAGAAGCUACCAUGUAGACAAUAGACGUGUCUCAGAGAGAGAACCGGUCGCAACCAGCAGAGAAACCCUCUACUAAAGCCCAGAGAAACCCUCUGCACAACUGCUCCCUCCAUUGACAUUGGAUAUUUUGUUUUUGAGUUGUUUUCCCAUUCUCUUCAGUCAUUUUAUUUGAGUCUGUAUUUGUGGUUGAGGUUCAUAUUACCAUUUUUGUUACGUUAGUGGUUUUAAAUUAUUAGUUUGUGUAUUGUUAAAAAUCUGCCCAGAAAGACUCAUUUAGGAGAUCCGAUGUAUCCUAGGGGAAUAGAUGAUGUAUGAGUGAGAGUGUGGUAGGUUACCAGUCAGUAGAACAGAAACACGAUACAAAUAAACCGCUGCAUUGCAGAACUAUGUGAAAGAAUGGCUUGAUAGUUGGCAAUAUUAUUAGGUGUUUUCGAAGGUGACACCGAUAUACAGUGAGUAUUGGGACAUGACACAUUUUGUUGUUUUGGCUCUGUACUCCAGCACUUUGAGAUGAUACAAUGACUGAGGUUAAAGUGCAGACUGUCAGCUUUAGUUUUGGUAUAUUUUAAUCCAUAUCGGGUGAACCGUUUUAGAAAUUACAGUACUUCUUGUACAUUUCUCCCCCAUUUUAAGAGACCAAAUGAUGUAUUCAUGUGUAUUAAAGUAGUCAAAAGUUGUGUAUUUGGUCCCAUAUUCCUAGCACGCAAUGAUUACAGAAAGCUUGUGACUCUACAAACUUGUUGGAUGCAUUUUCUGUUUGAUUUCUAUUGGCCACAAAAUAAUCUAAACAAUCUGAAACAAUGGUAAAUAAUACAUUGUGAUUUUGGAGCCACUUUUAUUGUAAAUGAGUUUCUAAACACUUCUACAUUAAUAUGGAUGCUACCAUGAUUACGAACAGUCCUGAAUGAAUCGUGAGUAAUGAUGAGUGAAAGUUCGACGCACAGAUAUCAUACCUCCAAGACAUGCUAACCUCUCACCAUUACAAUAAUGGGAUGAUCGCAUUAACUUUCUCACUCAUCAUUAUUCACGAUUCAUUCAGGUCUAUCUGUAAUCAUCAAACACAACCAAACAAACAGCAAAUGCAGCCAACUAGUUUGAAUAGUCACAAGCUUGAUGUAAUCAUUGCGUGCUAGGAAUAUGGGACCAAAUACUAAACAUUUUGAGUACUUUAAUACACAUACAUGAAUUUGUCACAGGGGGGACUUACUAUGUACAAAAUGUGCUUUCUAAACAGCACCCGAUAUGUAUGAAAAUACCCUCAAAUUAAAGCUGACAGUCUAUACUUUAACCUCAGUCAUUUUCUCAUUACAAAUCCAAAGUCCUGGAGUACAGAGCCAAAACAACAAGAAAUUUGUUAAUGUCCCAAUACUUUGAGCUCACUAUCUCAAGGAUGCAAUUUUGGUGUACCUGGAGGAAUAGCUGUGCUUUGCCCAAUAUCACAGUUUACAGUGCUUGCAUUAACAGACCUGUUUUUAAAAUAGCAUCCAUGCGACAUUAUAUAAAUGUUAUAUAAAUGUUUCAUGUUGAAGUAAAGCCAAUGGCCACUGGCGGAAGUGGGAAAUUUAAAUGGUAAUCAAUAAUUAAUUUCUGUACUCUGGCCCUUUUCUACAAUUAUGCAAUUUAAUACACAAUCUUUAAGGCUGGUUUGAGACUGUGGCCGGGUUAGAUUUGAUAGACCACUGAUAUGGCCUCAAAGGCUGAGCUCUUAAAAUGUCACCUGACAUAUGAAGUGAGUGCAAAUGUAAAUGAUUCUGGGUGGAACAUCACAGGUUGUAUCCAAAAUGGCACCCUAUUAUGUCGUGCACUACUUUUGACCAACAGUAGUGAUUUGGGUAGGGGAUGGGGUGCCAUUUCAGACACUACUGAGUUUUUUUUAAUUUCAACAUUGUGUCACAUUAAACUCAAUCUUGAGAAAGCGCAUUGAGUUCACUGCUAAGCUAAAUUUAGCAGCUACAGAAGUCUGGAUGUUUUUUGCGAAUGUGCGUAUGAUGUUUCUGUGUCUUUGUGUGUAAGAAUAACCACAAGUAUCAUGUCUAGUCUUUUGGCUUUUAUUUUUGUAACCAACACAUCAAAUGGAGCUUAAUGCACCCAAGGAAAAAGACUCUCUGGAGAGAAUAAAUGAACCAACUCACUGCUCAAGAUAGAAACCAAGAACAGAGAAUCUUCCCGUCCUUGCACUUCGUAUCUGCUCUGAAUUCCCUCUCCUUGCAAACAGUAAUGGUUGCUAAUAAAGACUUGGGAAAACAUUUAAUCUCAGACACUCUUUCACUCAUCUAGGACAAUAACCAAGUUGAAAUGCAUUCAAAGUGCAAACAGGCAAGUUGAUGAUAAUACCAAUGUUAUUGAUGACUGGAUUUGCGUCAUGUAUUUUCUUCUGAAAUUGGGGAAUGGAAAUAGGUACAUUUGUGUUUUAGUCCCUAAUCAGGGAGUUUUAGAAAUGUACAGUCUGCCUCCGGAAUCAGCAAAGCAGCACUAAUACUCAACCCUGCGAAAAGUCAUGUGUACUCAAUGAUUCCACCUCGACAAGCUCUCCUACUCUAUGGCCUUGUGCUUUGUAAGUGCAAAAUAAAAUUGUUACCCUGUUUUGCUCGAAACUGUCUCUCAGAACUGUUGCUCUUCAGCUGAAUAUAGCCGAAGUAGAUUGAUAAUGUUUAUUUUGCAGUCAAAUUCUUCACGUAUAGUGGGAAGUGAGCACUGUCAAUUAUGGUGAAAAUAACUAGGGUAGCGAAAGGAAAUUGUUGGCUAUAGUUUUUUGUUUUGUUUGUUUGCUGUAGUUCAUUUUGUUUGUCCCCUUUAGCAGACGUGCUAUUCUCAGGUUAGAUUAUAAGACUUUUCUAAGUAAAAUGGCAGAAAAAUAAAUAAUUGACUUGCUAUUAA